UUUAAAAUAUCCAAAAAGUAAAUAUCAGGACAAAUUUUCUGAAACCCCGACACCCUCUUUAGAGUUUCAAACAACCUCCCUCCUCCGCCAGUCGAUCAAUCAAUAAUUCAAUUGAAAACCAAAAUCCACGAUGGGCACCACAGGUGGGAGCGACGUGGAGGCGGGGUUCGCGAAGCUACAAGGCGAAGACUUCGAAUAUUACAUGCAAACCUAUUCCAUUAUGCUCGGUCGCAACUCCAAGAAAUCCUCCGUCGAUGUCGACUUAGCAAGCCUCGGCGGUGGCAUGAACAUCUCCCGGCACCACGCCCGCAUCUUCUACGACUUCACGCGACGCCGUUUCGCACUGGAAGUCCUCGGCAAAAAUGGCUGCCUCGUCGAAGGCGUCCUCCACCUUCCCGGUAACCCUCCCGUAAAGCUCGAUUCCCAAGACCUCCUCCAAAUCGGCGACAAAGAAUUUUACUUUCUUCUUCCUGUGAGGAGUAUUCUCGGUGGACCCCUUGCGCCUAGGCACUAUGUUUCGAUUUACCAGACGGCUGGGGCGGGGGCGGGGGCGGCGGCUGCGGCUGGUGGGGUACCGCAUCAUGGUUUCCAUGGCGGGGCGGAGACGGGGAGGACGGUGGGUUCCGUGGUGGGUUCGGCUGUGGUGGCAGUGGGGGUGAAGAAAGGUAGGGGAAGAGAGUAUUAUGAGGACGAGUAUGGGGAGGAAGAGGAUGUUGGGAGUGGUGGGAAGAAGGUUAGGAGAGAAGAUUGGUACAGUGGGGCCGAGGCCGGGUCUGGAGGAAAGGCGGGGCUGGCUGGAGGAUUAGUUCCUGUGGAGAAGAAGGGAGAGGGAAGAUCAAGAGUUGACCGCGAAUCUGAUAAUCAACAGCUUAUGCAGUUGGAAGAAAAGGAUGUGGUGUCAUCUGUAGCUACUGUGCUUUCUGAUCUUUGUGGUCCUGGAGAAUGGAUGCCCAUGGAGAAACUCCAUACUGAGUUGGUCGAUCAGUUUAGUAAUGUGUGGCAUCACAGCCGAGUUAGAAGGUAUCUUACAUCUGAGGACUGGCCUGGUCCCGAAUCGAAGGGGAAACCAUGGUAUGGUCUGCUUAUGCUGCUAAGAAAAUAUCCUGAGCACUUUGUCAUCAACACAAGAUCCAAGGGCAGGAUAACCCUGGAGUUUGUCUCUCUUGUAUCUUUGCUUUCAUAGAAUAAUGGUCAGGAAGAUUCAAAAGGCACUAUCCUUGCAUGUUCAUCUUACAUGUCUUGUUUGGGAAGUCAAAGAAGUUGCAGAGUGUAGAAUGAUACUAAUGUUCUAAUUGUUGAGGGCCACCCACUUUGAGUUCUGAACUGGCUGCUUGGAUAAAUGUAACUGGAUGGUAUGAAUUUGAGAUGUAUUGAUGUCAUUUGUUACCUAGUUUUUUGAGCUGAAUUCUCUGUACAUUUUUAUGCUGGCAAUGGAACUUUCCUUCCAGGAAACAAGGCUUGGUAAAAACUAUACUGUUCUUAUAACUAAGAUGCUCCUAUUAACAUCCUUCCGAA